AUGACAAAUGUUUGUCAACGAUUCAACAAGAUCGUAGACAGUUAUCAUAGAUAUCAGACACUCACCACACUCAGUCUCUGGCACCAGCAAAUCGGACAUGUUAUAGCACAAUCUUUAGCUAAUGCAUUAAAACAUAACAAAACACUCACCGAACUAUAUCUCGGAGGUAAUCCAAUCGGAGAUAGUGGAGCACAAUCUUUGGGUAAUGCAUUACAGCACAACAAAGCACUCACCAAACUCGAUCUUUGGGACUGUGAACUUGGACAUGUUAUAGCACAAUCUUUGGCUAUUGCGUUACAAUAUAACACAACACUGACUACAUUAAAUCUCUGGAACAAUCAAAUCGGAGAUGUUGGAGCACAAUCUUUGGCUAAUACAUUACAGCAUAACAGAGUAAUUAUAAUUCUCCCUUUAUCAAUACAAUGUCUUUAA